AUCGACAACCUGCCGAGUGGGCAAGUGCUGUCAGUGGUUAACUUGUUCGAUGAUGCCUUCCUCCGCUUGCUUUCGACUCCAGUCCUUUCUGAGCUCUAUCACUCUUUGGGUCGUCUGGUCCAUUCACAGCUCAACGGAGCUCAACAGGCCAGUGAGAGUCAAGUACUGGCAUUAGAUACCAGCAGCCCACAGCAGCAUGCCCUGCCUGACCUCCCUGGACCCAAGACAGAUUCAGAGGGUUUGACUUCUUCGAGUCUUAGAAAGUCGGACGGCAUUGGCGAGCCGAUGACAGAUGACAAAGAGUCGAAUUUACACCCCGUUGCUGCCGUAGGCUCCCUUGGUGUCGUUGCGAAAAGUCAACAUGUGGCACUUAUAGCGCCUACCUAUCAGAGCGGGCCUGAUGUACAAGAAAGCCUUCCUAGCCAAGGACUUACCCUUGACUGGUCAAGUGGACUGACUUGGCCUGGCAAGCCGGUCGAGUAG